AUGUGCUCCUUAGUUCUUAACGCUUUUAUGCGUUGUGUCCUUUACAUCUCUACGAUAGCCUUGGGUUUCGAGUCAACAUUGGAAUGCUUCAAAGGCAUCAAAAAUGAGGACGGCAAAUGGUUAUCUGCGUCUCUAUUGAUAGAAUCUUGUCCCAAAGGAUCAAUUUGUUCAAUACAGAUCAGAACCAAAAGCGACAAUGAAACAUCAUAUAUUCUGGGAUGCAGUGAUAACCAUGUCUACAUCGGCGACUUUGGAUGCGGUAAGCAACGUACUGAAAAUUAUAAGGAUGGAUACACUUGUGUAUGCGAUUCUGACCUAUGUAAUUUAGAUCUUAUUGUUGGCAGAUUGAUGGCUUCUGGCACCGGCACGCAUCGCGAAAGAAUGGUGCAUGUCAAACCAAUGCUGACUUCACUUGAAUGGAAGCCUACGGGUGAAGUAGACAAUUGCUGA